AUGACAGCUGAGACGAGCGGGCCCGUUGUAAAGGGUAAAUCAGAGGAUGGCAGAGACCCGGAAGGGUCCAGCACCAGCCUAGACAAGGUGCAGAUCAAAGAGAGGGGCCAAUGGAACAACAAGAUUGAGUUUGUCCUUUCUGUCGCUGGAGAGAUCAUCGGGCUGGGUAACGUCUGGAGGUUUCCUUACCUCUGCUACAAGAAUGGAGGAGGUGCAUUCUUCAUUCCAUAUGUCAUCUUCUUUGUGUGCUGCGGUAUCCCUGUGUUUUUCCUGGAGACUGCCAUGGGUCAGUUCACCACUGAGGGAGGCAUCACCUGCUGGAGGAAAAUCUGCCCGCUAUUUGAGGGAAUUGGAUUUGCAACGCAAGUGAUUGCAGCUUAUCUAAACGUGUACUAUGUGGUAAUCCUUGCCUGGGCCAUCUUCUACUUCUUCAACUGCUUCACCACAGAGCUGCCGUGGGCUGCCUGUGGGCAUUACUGGAACACAGAGAACUGUGUCGACUCCUUUGGAGAUAAUAGAACCAACAUUACAAACGUCAAUGCAACCUCUCCAGUCAUUGAGUUCUGGGAACGCAGAGUACUGAAGAUUUCAGAUGGUAUUGAGCACAUAGGGGGACUCCGCUGGGAGCUCGCCAUGUGCCUGGCCCUGGCCUGGUUCAUCUGCUACUUCUGCAUCUGGAAGGGACCCAAGUCAACUGGCAAGGUUGUGUAUGUGACGGCUACAUUUCCGUACAUCAUGUUGUUGGUCCUGCUGAUCAGAGGAGUGACGCUACCAGGAGCAUUCGAAGGCAUCAUGUUCUACCUCUACCCGGACAUGUCACGUCUCUCUGACCCUCAGGUGUGGGUGGAUGCUGGAACUCAAAUCUUCUUCUCGUAUGCCAUCUGCUUGGGCUGUCUCACGGCUCUGGGAAGUUACAAUUCCUACAACAAUAACUGUUACAGGGACUGCCUCAUGCUGUGUUGUCUAAACAGCGGCACCAGCUUUGUAGCGGGUUUUGCCAUCUUCUCAGUGCUGGGCUUCAUGGCCUACGAACAAAAUGUUCCCAUCGAGGCUGUGGCAGUAUCUGGUCCUGGUCUUGCAUUCAUUGCAUAUCCAAAGGCUGUUACUAUGAUGCCUCUGUCUCCACUCUGGGCCGGUCUCUUCUUUCUGAUGCUCAUCUUCCUCGGUCUGGACAGUCAGUUUGUGUGUGUGGAGAGUUUGGUGACGGCUGUGGUGGACAUGUACCCAGAGACCUUUAGGAGAGGCAACCGCAGAGAGCUGCUGAUUCUGAGCAUGUCUAUCGUCUCCUUCUUCAUCGGACUCAUCAUGUGUACGGAGGGAGGAAUGUACGUCUUCCAGCUGUUUGACUCGUACGCUGCCAGCGGGAUGUGUUUGCUGUUUGUGGCCAUAUUUGAGUCCAUAUGUAUCGGCUGGGUGUAUGGAAGUGACAGAUUCUACCGAAAUGUUGAGGACAUGAUUGGCUACAAGCCUAUCUUCUUCAUCAAAUGGUGCUGGAUGAUCCUGACCCCGGGCAUCUGUUCUGCAAUUUUCCUGUUCUUCCUGAUUAAAUACAAGCCGCUGAAGUACAACAACGUGUACGUCUACCCUGACUGGGGCUACGGUAUCGGCUGGUUCAUGGCCGUAUCCUCGAUGAUCUGCAUCCCACUGGGUAUGGUCUGGAAGAUCUGGAUAACUCCUGGCACCUUCUCUGAGAGAAUAAAGAAGUUGACGACUCCGAGCCCGGACCUGAAAAUGCGAGGGAAGCUCGCCGCCAUCAGUCCUUAUGCAGCCAACGAUGCAACACUCAAGGUUGAUGGGAAGAUAUCCACCAUCUCAGAGAAGGAGACACAUUUCUAACCAACUGCCUGACUGACCGACCAAGCUGCCCGCCCUCUUCACAAUAAGUCCA